AUGAUAGAACCAUCGUCUUCAGGAUGGGAAGUUUUUAAAGAGCCCAAGGGUUUUAUUAAAAUCAUUGAAGUUCUUAUAGCAAUCUUUGCGUUUGCAACGACGUGUGACUUCUCAACCAAUGUCAAGCUAAAGUAUGACUGUCGGGGUAACGGAUCUUUUGAGCAUUGGAGUGCCAAAUUUACAUACCCUUUCAAUAUUGACUCCAUCGUGCUGCCUCGAUGCAUUGCUAUGGAGAGUAAACAUAUGUAUGGGAAUUUCGCCUCAGCAGCACAGUUUUAUGUGUUUGUUGGUGUCCUAACUAUGCUUUUCUGCGUUGCUAUGGGCGUCUAUUAUGUCUAUUUUCAUGAUCGCUAUUUCACUGACUCACGGUUUAGUAAAUACGAAUUCAUCUUCUCGACUGUCAUUGUUCUGUUAUGGUUUAUCGCCUCUUGUGCAUGGGCCGAUAAUGUAAACCAGUUUAAAACGUAUACGUCAGCAAGUCGGAUCUGCAAUGAAGUGGGACCUAAUGUGCAUUGUGAAGCCGAGGAACAAGCUACCUAUGGGGGACUUAACGUUUCUCUGUGAAGAAAAAAUAUUCUUGUUUAUCAGUUUGGUAUUAAUAUUAGUACUCACGGUUUAGUCAUUUCUCUUUGCUUACUAGUUGUCUUGUUGUGGAUGUAGAUUCCGUUGAGCAGUUAGUGGAAUUCGCUGCAAAAGAUGAGUAAGGAAUCGUCUGUUCAGAUAUGAUCAGGAAAACAUUUUAAAAGCUGACCCGCUUAAUCACAGUCCUUAUUGCCAAGUUGUAUGCUGAAACAAACUGGUUCUUCGGUAACUUUUUAUAUUUGGCGUUAAAAAC